AUGGCUGUAGAAACAAGCACCGUAGCCGGUGUUGUGUCAGGGAGAAAUCCUUUGGCCUACUCGGCUUCUUCUCCAUACACACUUUUUAUGUUCCAAGCAGUGUUCAUCAUUCUCUUUGCUCACAUCAUCCACUAUCCACUUAAGAAGCUCCGUCAACCACGAGUCAUUGCUGAAGUCAUUACGGGUAUCCUUUUAGGUCCGACGGUCAUGGGAAGAAUCCCCAACUUCACCGCAACCUGCUUCCCAGCAGCUUCUAUUCCUGGCUUGACUUUGUUCGCCAACAUAGGUAUCAUUUUGUUCUUGUUCAUUAUUGGUUUGGAAGUUGACAUUUCGUUUAUUCGCAAGAACUUGAGAGUUGCCGCCACCGUCGGUUUGAUAAACAUGGCUGUUCCAUUUGCUUUGGGUUGUGCCAUUGCCAAAGGGUUCUACGAUCAGUAUCGUGUGGACGACGACACUGCGCCUCCUAUCAAAUUCACUACCUACAUGGUAUUUAUAGCUGUAGCAAUGUGUAUCACUGCUUUCCCAGUGUUGGCCCGUAUCUUGACUGAGUUGAACUUGAUUGGCGACAGAGUGGGAACCAUUGUUUUGGCUGCUGGUAUCACCAACGACUUGACUGGUUGGAUCUUAUUGGCUUUGACUGUUACAUUGGCUAAUUCCUCUAGAGGCAUCAAUACCCUCUACAUCUUGCUUUUGACUGUGGCCUGGUUCAUUUUCUUGUUGUACCCUGUUCGUUUGGCGUUGAGAUUCGUCUUGAAGAAGUUCACCAACGAUUUGGUCUCUGGAGAACCUUCGCAGGUUUCCAUGAUGUUGAUUGUGGUGAUGGUUUUCAUCUCUGCUUUCUACACUGACAUCAUUGGAGUUCAUCCAAUUUUUGGAGCUUUCAUGGUUGGUAUCAUUGUCCCAAGAGAUAAAGGAUAUGUCAUUAGAAUCACCGAGAAAUUGGAAGAUUUGGUUCAUAUAGUAUUGAUUCCCCUUUAUUUCGCUAUAGCUGGGUUGAACGUCAACUUGGGUUUGUUAAACAAAGGUAUUGACUGGGGUUAUACAAUUGGUAUCAUUAUUCUUGCCAUGGUAGGUAAGAUCUUUGGAGGUUUCAUCUCUGCCAAGAUGAACAAAUUGUUGUGGAGGGAGUCUCUCGCUGUUGGUGUGCUUAUGUCUUGUAAGGGUAUUGUUGAAAUCGUUGUAUUGAAUGUUGGUUUGAACGCCGGAAUCCUUAGUCACAAGGUCUAUUCCAUGUUCAUUGUUAUGGCGUUAGUGACAACUUUUGCUACAACUCCAUUGACUCUUUUGGUGUACCCAGUCUCAUACAGAGAAAAGAGAGACAAGUUCAUCAGGGGUGAAAUCACUUGGGAUGGACAAGCCAUUGAAGGGUCUACCGACUCUGUCUCAACCAAUCUUUUGGAUGAAGAUGGAAACAAAAUCUCGUUCGUCAAGUACUCAAUUGAAGACUUGUCCAACUACAGAAUCUCUAAGGUUGUCUUGUUGUUGAAGAAAAUCGAUACUAUCUCGUACCUUAUGACGUUUAUACAGAAUUUCAGUUCUUCUGAUACAAACAUCAGAGCCGUUCACCUUCGUGAAUUCACCUCUAGAACUUCUCAUCUUUUGGAAGCCUCUUCUACUCAGUACUAUGACCAGGAAAAGGAAAAAGUGGCACAUGACUUUGAGUACAGUGAUUCAUUCUCAAUCUUGUCGAUAAUCAAGGUAUUCAGUGAAAUGUUGGGAAUCAACUGCUCGUCCAGAUCCAUAUUGACAACGACCAGGAAUCAAGUUUUGUCUAUCAAUGACCAAAUUUCCGAUUCUUCUAACUUAUUGGUCAGCAGCAUAAAGUUGAACCAGUUGUCGACUGAAUCUCAGGAAUAUGAGUUGUACAAGAAUUUGUUCCUUGAGUGUAGGUCCCAUAUUGGAUUAUUGCUUGUCAAUGAACCUAACAGUAAACCUAGCACGUCAGCCAUCCAACAUGCCAAAGACUCCAAGGCUUUCAGCUUUGUAGAAGAUGAUCUGUUCACCAAGAGAGUCAUCGACUUGAAUUCAAUCAAUUUGGUUCUUACCCACGACAACUUAGUUAGUUCCAGUGAUUUGUUGUCAAUCCAGUUGGUUUCUCAAAUCAUUUCUACGAAUCAGAAGUUGCACAAGGUAAACAUUUUUAUAAAGUCUUCAGGUCAAUCAGGUCCUUCUUCAGAUAAUUUCGAGAAUCAAAUCAAGGAAUUGUUUUCCUCAAAGAAUCCUCACAUUGACUUGAGCAUUAACUACAUUAAGCCAUCUGCCAACUACAGAAACGAAAUUCUCAAAAUUAAUCCAAAUUUGGCCAAUGAGAUCUUUAUUAUUGCCAACAACUCUAGUGGAGAGACUAACUUGUCACAAGAUGCAUUGUUCGACGAAGAUGUUGACCAGCUUGUCAACUUGAGUCUUAUCGAAUCCUUUCACAUAUUGGUUGUUAAGGCUAGUCGGGAAUAA